AUGUAGCCACAAAACAAGAACAAUUUAGUGAUCCAAAACCUUUAGGAGAUGAUCAAAAACCAGGGCGAUAUGAGUAUAUUCCUAAGAUAAAGUCAAAAACUUAAAGUCUUGCUUACAAUUCCACCUAAGGCUAGAACAGAUGACCAUAUUAAUCAAAUUGGUAUUUUAGUGCAGGUUUGUAAAAAAAGCACAUUUAUUUUCUACUUAGAGACUUAAAUUUCUAUCCUAAUAUAGUGACAAGCCUUAUUACAAUGAUUUAUGUCGUAAUUUAUAUGUGAAGACAUUCCAAUAACGAAAAACCAUUUUUAAAUAAGGAGAUACAGGAACAUGCUUCUAUGUUAUUUUAAGCGGAAUUGUUAAAAUUUAUGCCGAUGAGCCCACUAUAUUUCCAGGCUAUUUCAAAUAGAGAGAAGUAGCUGUAUUAGGAAAAGGUAAUUGCUUCGGAGAAAUUGCAUUAUUUUUUGGGUCUUAAAGAACAGCAACAGUGAUUGCAGAAUCAGACUGUGAUUUGUUAAUGUUAGAUAGAGAAGUGUUCUAAAAAUAUAGUUAAGGAGAUUAAGAAGCUUUCGAUUUGUAAUCAAAGAGUCUAAAGGAUGUUAGACGUUUCCUAAAAAAAGUUUAAAAAUUUUCCAUUUUUACUCAAGAAGAAAUUACUUCAAUAAGUACAAAAUGUAGAAGGUAAAAUUAUCAAUAAUAAACAAUAAUAUUGAAAGAAGGUGAUAUACCUAAGUGUAUUUUCAUAAUAAAAAGUGGAAGAGUAAGUGUGAUGAAAAAGAUUGAAGUUGGUAGCUAAUAUUAUGAGAUAGAUGAAUUAGAAUAAGGUUGUGUAUUUGGUGAUCAUGGUUGUAUAACAAAUAGUGAAUCGGAAUGUACAUACAUAACUUCAAUGAAGAGCGAGAUAAUCUAUCUAAAUGGGUUUGAUUUAAAAUAGUUUAUAUCAUAAGAGAAUUUAAAUAAGUAUAUGGAGAAUAUAAAGUUGUAUCCUGAGAGAGAAACCUUAAAUAAGAUGUAAGUAGAGGAUGUAAAAUGGAAAGAGUACAAGAAGUAAUUAAUGUAGAAUGUGAUAAAUGAUAAGUUGAAUAGCAGAGGUUUUGAUAGGAGGAUGAGACUACCAGAAUUAAGAUAUAAAUUAAUAGAUGCACCAGAUUAAUAGAUUUAUUAGAGAACGUUGUAAUAGAAUGUAAUAAUAAAUGUAUUAGUUAAUUGGAUAAGAGUUGUAGGACUCCUUAACAUAAGCAAUUGUUCCGUAGAGAGAUAGAAUCAUUACGUAAUUAGAUAUCAUCAAAGAGGAUGAAUUAUUUUGAAUAAAAUUACUUAUGA